AUGGGCACAAGUCCGAAAUGGUCCUUCUUCCCCGGUGAUCACUGGCUCUACUUCUCCGUGUACCUCUUCACCUUCAUCGUGGGGCUCCCCCUCAACAUGAUGGCCCUGGUGAUCUUCGUGGGCAAGCUGCGGCGGCGCCCGGUGGCCGUGGACGUGCUUUUGCUCAACCUGACCCUCUCCGACCUGCUCCUGCUGCUCUUCCUGCCAUUCCGUAUGGUGGAGGCCGCCAGUGCCAUGCGCUGGCCCCUGCCCUUAGUCUUCUGCCCCCUCUCUGGAUUCCUCUUCUUCACCACCAUCUAUCUGACCUCCCUCUUCCUGACAACUGUAAGCAUUGAGCGCUUCCUGAGCGUGGCCUACCCGAUAUGGUACAAGGCCCGGCCCAGGCCUGGACAGGCCAGCCUGGUCAGCGGGGCCUGCUGGCUCCUGGCCAGUGCUCACUGCAGCGUGGUCUACGUCACUGAAUUCUCAGGGAACUCCUCCUACAGCCAGACUACGAACAGCACCUGCUACCUGGAAUUCGAGGAGGCCCAGCUGGCUCUCCUCCUCCCCGUCAGGCUGGAGAUGGCUGUGGUCCUUUUUGGGGUGCCCCUGCUCAUCACCAGCUACUGCUAUGGCCGCCUGGUGUGGGUGCUCAGCAGGGGAACCAACCACCGAAGGAAGCGGCGCGUGGUUGGGCUUGUGGCAGCCACCCUGCUCAACUUCCUUGUCUGCUUCGGGCCCUACAACGUGUCUCAUGUCGUGGGCUACAUCAAGGGUGAAAGCCCUGCGUGGAGAAGUUAUGUGCUGCUUCUUAGCACCUUGAAUUCCUGCGUCGACCCCCUUGUCUACUACUUCUCAUCAUCCGGAUUCCAGGCUGACUUUCACGAGCUGCUGAGAAGGCUGACGGGGGGCAGGGGCCCUUGGAAGCAGGAGGGCAGCGUGAAGCUAAAGAAGAGUGGAGGGGGGCAGCCAUGGGAGCUGUCCAACGUAGGGAACAGGGAGCGGACUCUGGCAGUGGCCAGGCAGUUCCUAGCUGGAGUCAGGCAGGACUAGGGAGUGAGAUGGGGGAGCCGGCGGUUGAUGCAGCUGGGACGGUGCAGGCAUCCAGCCUCCCCAAGGAUGCUCACCCAAGCCUAGCUCUCGGCCUCACCCAACUGCCCUCCUUUUAUAUUCCCCCUCUGCCCCCCACCCCUGAAGCUGUGGAUUGAGACCUGGGAGACAGUCGGGAUGAGAGCAUGCUCUGGAGAAAAAUGACCUCCCAUGGCAGCAGGGCGGCUCCCAUGCUUUUUGGAAGGUAAAGGAGGAGUUGAGAGCAGUGACAAGGGACUGAGGGAGCUGCCUGGUGGCUUGGGACAGGAGGGAGAAGAAGCCACCCUCCAGAGCUGCUCCUACUCGCAGGUCAAGAGUGGGUACACAAAACCCCAGGCUUGAGGGAGCAUCCUGCUCUCAUGCGGAUUUUUCCAGAAAGUUUCCAUUGUUCAGUAAAUUCAGAUUUUGGGGGACAUUUAUGGAAAAUAAUAGAAGAAAAAUUACCUAAAUAAAUCUGGUAGCAA